UCAGGCUUGGCUUUGAAGAGAAGCUGGCGCCAGUGUUUUUAUGUCUUUUGCUGCAAGUGCUGCUGCAGGGACCUGAGUAGAGAGCAUGGGCAAACUGGAAAACCACAACAUGAAUGCAGUUACCUAUGAUGACGUGCAUAUUGAUUUCACAUGGGAAGAGUGGACUUUGCUGGAUCUUUCCCAGAAGAAUCUCUACAAAGAUGUGAUGCUGGAGACCUACAGGCACCUCACUACUAUAGGAUACAGUUGGGAGGACCAUGAUAUUGAAGAAUGUUGUAAAAUUUCUAGAAGAUAUAAAAGGUGGAACUCCAGGUUGCUCUUCUUUCAAUUGCUGCAAGAAGGAUCUGUGGCUCCUGUGGUUACUCAUCUUCAUAAUCAGUGCAGGAGGGGCAUGUGGCUCUGGUGGUCACUGGUGUCCCAGUGGAUCGUUGGUGAUCGGGUUGGGGGAAAAGGGCUGCUACCUGGUCUCUGGGAAUGCACUAACUGGGGGUGGGUCCUAAGGCUAGAAAACUAGGCUGUCCAGUUCAGCAGUUUGGGUCUUACCUCUUCUCCAGUCAGUGCAUGGAAGAAGCUCGUAUGGCUCCUGUGGACACUGCUGCCACUGUAGAUGGUUGGUUGGAAUGGUGGGGGAAGAGACUGCUGUCCUUUCUUUUGGGCUGCCCUGGUCGGGGGAGGGGCUGGAGAACUGUGCUGACCACUCUAGAGAUUGGGCCUUACCUGUUCCCAAUCGGUACAGGGGAGCAUAUGACUUAGGAGGUCCAUGGUGUCACUGUGGAUGGUUGGCUUGGCAAGAGAGAACGUCUUAAUAUAAAGUAUUUGGUAAGAUCAUUAGACAACAUAAUUAUAAUCAAUUUCCCAAGAGUAUUUAUUCUGUAGAAAAAAUUCGACGGUGUCAACAAUCUGUUAAAGCAUUAUGAUCUCCAUUUUUAUAUUGGGUGUACCAGCAAUCUCAUGAAAGAAUGAAUUUAUAACUAUGUGACACCCUAUGUAUAGGGUAAAAUUGCCAGCCAAAGAAACAUACACUGAAAAUAGAGCAGGUGGAAUACACACACUUUGGCCCUGAAACCAGAGCCAAAGAAAUAUACCUUGACCUUGAAACCAGAGCAAAAGAAGCACUUUAUCUCUGAAUGCAGAGCUAGUGAAGGAAACACCCUGACCUGAAAAAGAAACCAAAAGGGCAAAAGAUACCUGUGGAAGAAACACACUUUGGACCUGAAACCCAGAGCCAAAGAAACACACUCUACCCUUGAUGAAGUGAGCACAAGCCAACCAAUCCCUGAGCUUGAAAUCCAGCCAAUCUCUGAACUUGUUCAAUCUCAGGGAUAGAAAUCUGACCAAUUGUCACCCUGUACCCCUAAGAAGCCCUUUGCUUGUUCAGUUGGCAGCUGCCCUAUUCCAUCAUGGCAGAGGCAGCCAUUCUCCAGGAUUCCUCCAUCCUAAAUAAGUCUCUUGAAUGAGUUUUGGGUGAAGAUUUUUCACCAAAGUGGAUCAGAAACUCACUAGUGGAUUGGUGUAAACGGGCAAUGGACACCUUUGCUGCUCCCUUAAAGAACUGAAGAAGUAACAACUUUUUAUUGGAGACUGCUACAUUUCUGCAGCUGUUUCCCCCUUACUUGACUGAAAUAGAGAAGUAAUAUUUGGGGUUGGAGCUGAGAAGAAAUGGACACUCUGUUCGGCAACUCCAAAGUGGAGUGGAGUGGAGAAGCAAUGGACAGCUUUGCUCGGAAACUCUUAGCAGAGUAGAGCAGAGCCCAGUGGCAAUGGCUCUCUUUAGACAAGGAGCAAGACUGCUACAUUCUACAGGGAGAGCAUUACCCUCUGGAACACAGCUUUAGGUAUAGCCUGACUUCUUACAGUCAGGGUUCUCUUUUCUUCAGAGCCCUAAAUAUCCAGGAUACCUUCCCUCCACUGCUUCAGGUAGUACUGGACUUUCUCCUCACAGCUGUAGACAUCCAGGGUACCUUGUUUUCACAGCUCUAGGUAUAGCCUGACUUCUGACAGUCAGGAUACCUUUCCUCCCAGAGCUGUAAAAACUUGUAAUAUGAAUUUAAAUGAUAAUUUAACACUUUUAGAUUUUAAACUUCUGUUCCAUUAAAUGAAAUAACUAAUUCAGGUGUAAAACUUUAUGGAUUUAUAUGUUUCUUUUCUGUUGUUGUGAUAUAAUGUCUGGGUGUAGCCUGACUUCAGACAGUCAGGGUAGUUUUUCCUUCAUAGCCCUUUUAUAAGAGUCAUCUUAUAGAAGAGUUUAAUUUGGCCCUGAGUUCCAGAGAGAUACAGGAUCAUCAUAAAAGUGGCUUGGCAACAAGUGUCACACAUGGCAGCUUUAUCUGGAAGCUAAGAACUUAACCUUCAGCAUGAAGCAGAGAGUGAGAACUGGAAGUUGCAUGUGUGUGUAAAUUCUCAAAGCUUUGCCCCAGUAUCAUAUUUUCUCCAGCAGGGCAGCAUUUCCAAAAUGUUCCCAAAUGAUACCACCAACUUAGAAUGAUUGAGUUCUCAGACUUCAAGCCUGUGUGCUUGCUUUCUGUUACACGAACCAAUUCACAGGGAAGAAAAGCUCUGUAUGGAAGCCAUUUGAUGCCUUAACACCUUUGUUAUGGAACUGAGUGCUUACAAGGGAGAAAUUUUUGUGAGUGAAAAACUGUUUGCUUAAAAAGGUUUUUUUUGUCAUUUUGAGAUGUCAGUGUGUUUUUGUGUGAGUGUGUGAAUGUAUAUGCCACUUCUUGAGAACACUAGACACUUGUAUUUUCUUAUAGCAGGAAUUACAGAAAGUUGUCAAAAAUUGGACCUUGGACCUACGAAUGAACAUUUCAUGACUGCCCAGCCAUAUCUCUAAUGAUGUAAAUAUUUUAAAGCCUAUUUAUAUCACUUUGAAGUCAGGAACUAGGGACAAACUCAUACAAGAGUAAAACCCUAUUCAUGUAAACAAUUUUGUAGAUGCACAGUCUUAUUAAAUAAGAAACACAGAGCCAGAUGCAGAGUUAA